UGUCCAGAGGGUGUCGUACACGAAGAUUCCUUCAAGGACAUCUACGCCAAGUUCUUCCCUCACGGAAACUCGAGCAUGUACGCCCACUACGUCUUCAAGGCCUUCGAUGUCAACAGCAACGGUGCCAUCAGUUUUAGGGACCUGCUGGUGACGCUGUCGACGCUGCUGCGCGGCUCCAUGUACGAGAAGCUGCGCUGGACCUUCAAGCUGUACGACAUCAACGGCGACGGCUGCAUCACGCGCGCCGAGCUCUCCGAGAUCGUGUCGGCCAUCCACGAGCUGAUGGGGCGGCGCGCGCACCACGUCAGCAGGGUGGAGGACGAGAGAAAGGCGCGCGAGCAGGUCGACAGGGUGUUCAAGAAGCUCGACCUCAACCAGGACGGCGUCAUCACCAUCGAGGAGUUCAUCGAGUCCUGCCUCAAGGACGAGGUGAUCACCAAGUCGCUGCAGGUGCUGGACGCCGGCAGCGGCCUAUGAUGGCCGGCCCGGGCGGCGGCCGCGGCCGGGGGCGGCGGGGGCG